AGCUUGUCUGAUGUCCAAAUAUCUCUACAAACAAUAUGUCCGACUAGUGACAAAGUGGCCCAAAGACGAAUACAAAAGUGCUGAGAGAAAUCUGUCGGUUUUUUUGAUCAAGGAAGUGGAGCGACAGUUCAGAACUGACACAUCAACUUUUGAUGCUGGGCUUUGUGAGAGGCGACUACGCGCACUCGAACAAAUAAGUGAGAAUCAGACGGCAAAGCUAUUUCCUCAUCAGUACAAGUCUGGAAUGUUUGGUCUGACAUUGCAGCAGCUACAGGAAACGAGCACUGAGGAAAAUCGUCGCCAGAUUGGGCUGGGCAGAGAGGGACUACUAAAAAGGAUCUGGAAAGCCGUUUUUCCUCCCAAACCCAAAGAUGCGUCCGUCUAAUCGUCGCCUCUACUGCGAAUACCGUCCCUCUUAUAUUCGCCCGUCUGUAAGGGAGCCUUACUACCCAGUACUCGAUCCGCUGUCAGAUCGGAACCUUACUUCUCGAUCUUACCGGCCUAGGUCUUCUUCCUACCACAGAUACUGCACUUCUACAGAAAUGUAUUCAUCAAAAUCGAGCGAGUCGCUUUCGACGACAACGCUUGAAGUUUAUACUGUCAAUAAAGGUUAGCGUAUA